AAAGUCUGUGUCCGUGUGGACGUAGACGGGUGUAAUGUGUCCUUUAAGAGCCCUACAGAAAAAAGGAAAAAGGGCGUUUUGACUCCGAGUCACAGAGGACUUGGAUAACCUCGAUGUGCAUAGCCUCGCAGUGAGAGAGGACUCAGUGAAAGAUAGUAAGCUGAUAUUUACAUCUCCAAGAGAAGUUUAGAAGCUUAUUGUGGAGCAGUUUGAUCUCUGAGGCGCGCAACUCAUCAGAGGUUUAAUUAUAAGAGGCAUUUAUUUACUUCCGUCUGUCGCGCACAAAGAGGAAAAAAACUAACAUUUGUGCAUCACAGAGGUGUUCUUUUGAGGAAGACAUGGCCAAGUUAUUCCGAGCUGCUAUCAUGGGUCCACCAGGAUCAGGGAAAGGAACAAUAUCCAAGAGGAUUGCGGAAAGCUUUGGCCUGCAGUAUCUGUCCAGUGGCCACUACCUACGAGAGAGCAUAACUGCAAACACAGAGGCAGGUGUGAUGGUGAGGACCUACGUAGAAAGAAGCAUGCUGGUGCCGGACCAUGUGAUGACCAAACUGAUGCUGCCUAGACUCGAACAGCUGAUCGGCCACAGCUGGCUGCUGGAUGGUUUUCCCCGGACUCUGUCGCAGGCCAAAGCCCUGAACAAUUUGUGCCAGAUGGACCUGGUCAUCAGCCUCAACAUCCCCUACGAGACUCUGAGGGAGAGACUGAGCGACCGCUGGAUCCAUCCAGCCAGUGGCCGAGUCUACAACAUGGGCUUCAACCCACCACGAGUGAAGGGUAAGGAUGACGUCACCGGGGAGCCACUGAUUCAGCAUGAUGAUGACAAACCAGAAGCCCUGAUGUCCAGACUGAGACACUACAAAGAUGUGGCCAAGCCUGUCAUAGACUUAUACAAGUCACAGGGAAUCCUGCACUCAUUUUCCGGUACAGAGACUGACCGGAUCUGGCCUUAUAUCAACUCCCUCCUCAGCGCCAAGAUGCACACACAGCCGUCAGACGCCUUCCAAACCCAGACACCCUGACUCUUCUCUGAAUGAAAAGACCACAGGGAGACAUCAAGAGGAAGUGGGGUGAUGUUUCCACAUGCUGGCCUCUGCUUUCAGCUUCCUUAAUAGUGAGGUUUAGAGAGACGGAUAAGGACACGGAUCAAAACUGUAGUCAUCCAACUUCUUUGUGAUUCAAUCACCAGGUGGUUUUUCAAAUGAAUGUUGUAUGCAAAUAUUUCUAGAGCUUUAUUGAUUGUGUUUAUUUCUGCAUUAUUAUAGUGAAAUGUUCAGAUUCUUCAAGGCAAUAUCAAAACUAAUUUUACACAAGCACUCACCAUCAAGCAACUUUUGUCUUUAUAUCUGCAAUUGUUCCAACUCCAAAACAUUGAAUUUAAAAUUUAGCUCAUUCAAGGAG